GCUCGACCGCAUCGUAGGCAAAAGCGAGAACGAGAACCAUUGAGUGUGAGUGAAAUACAUAAUGCAAAGUAUUGUUCUCAUCCCUACCAAUUCCUGGUGCUUUGCCGAAGUUUCGCACUUCCAGGAAUUGGUGGGGAUGACUUUGUGAACAAUACUGAGGGAUAAUUGCGAAGAUUAAUGAAAAACUAAAUGUGUAUCGCUGUGAUUCUCGGAAUCAGGCUCUCACAAACUUUCCCGCUUGUCCUCUCGGUAACUUUUGCGGUCAGUCGAAUCUGAUCUGCCUAACUGGUCGUAUCGUCUAUUCGAACGAGUCUCUAUUUAAUUUACGUGUACGUGCGCGAAGUGAAAUGCCUGGUUCGAGAAAAGAUACCACAGUGAAGGAACGAUUAGAAAUUAUUCAAAAAUUACAAAAUGGUGUUAGUGUAAGCGACUUGGCCAACGAGUAUGGCUUGAGCAAAAGAUGCAUUAACAAAUAUCGCACAAAUGCAUUACAAAUUCAACAACUUGCGGAAACUGGAAAUUUAAAAGAAAUGAAAAGAAUCCGUACGUCUCCCGUUGAAGAGAUUAACAUUCGCUUAAAUACGUGGAUCUUGGAAAGACGUGCGUUAGGUGACACACUAACGGAUAAUAUUUUACAGCAAAAAGCAUUAGAGUUGCAUCGAGAAUUUGGAAUUUCAACAAAAUUCACUGCGAGCCACGGUUGGUUAUGGCGAUUUAAAAAAAGAUACAACAUUCAUUUGGUUCAUACUCACGAUGAGCAAGUUGACGCCGAUAAAAUCGCCGCGGAGCAAUUUAUUGAAGAACUGGCGAGAAAAAUAGAACAAGAAAAUAUCAAUGCAAAUAAUAUAUAUAACAUGAGCGAAUCGGGUUUAUUAUGGAAAAAUCUUCCGCGGAAGACAUUGGAUCGCACAAAACGAAUGGAAGGUAACAAAGAGAAAAAGGAUCGUGUGAGUAUAGGAUUUUGCGCAAAUUCCACGGGCACUCACAAAUUACCCUUAUUGUUUAUACAUAAAUAUGCUUGUCCACGAGCGUUAAAACAUAUUGAGAAUAAUUUACCUGUCGUAUACAAAAAUCAAAAGAACGCGCGGAUGGACGAAGAAAUUUUUGACAAUUGGUAUAUAAAUCAUUUUCAACCGACCGUCAGACAGCGACAAUUACGAGAUAAUAAUACAGGCAAAGUUCUUCUCUUAGUUAACAAUUUUAAAAAUCAUAAUGUUCGUGACGAAGAAAACGAACACUUCGAAAUAAUGUUUUUGCCGAAUACGACUUCCGUUCUGCAACCGAUGGAACAAGAAGUAAUUGCAAAAUGCAAAAGAUCUUUCCGUUACAACUUACUUCGAAAGGUAGUUCAAUGUCCGAGGGGAAUCCAUGAGUUUUAUUUUAACUACGAUAUUAAAGAUUGUAUUGAUUUAAUUCACGACGCUUGGGAAUCAGUAUCACAGACAAAUAUUUACAACGCGUGGCGACAACUCCUCGAGCGGCGGAACAUAGAAAUAAAAGAAAAAGUAGAAAUAAAAGAAGAACAAAUUGAAAAUUAUUCUUUCGACGAAGUGAACGAUUGGAUUUCUCAUUGCGAGGAAGCUGAAUUAAUUCGUGAAAACAAUGAAGAAAUAACAUCACGACGACAUUGCGAAAUAGCAGAAGAUGAAUUAGAAGACUUAUUUGAUAAAUUAAGUUUAUGGGCUGAAAUACAGCCAGAAUUUAUUCAGUCGCAUGCUAAAAUAUUAAUAGAUUAUUAUCAUCAAAAAUAAUGUUGUGUAAGUUUUACACAUUCUUUUUUUAUUACUUUUUUUUUAUUUUUAUAAACCUAACCUAACUCUAAUCUCUUCGAUACGAUGCACGUGCGUCACUAACGGCCUUUUGUCGCAUCAGUUGCAUACAAGUUACAUUCGGCGUUGUUGACCAAAGUCGACGCUCGGCCAGUGAGUUAUUUGAAAAAAUUUGUACUGGUAGAUUAAGAACUUAGGAAUCACUGUGCAAAAAAUAAAAGGACCUUUCUAUGCAAUUAAAGACAAAAAUAAUUUGUUAAAACGGCGAUUUUGAAUUAUGAAGAAAACGUGGCAACAGCACACAUGACAUCAGCUGAUGAUUUACUAGAUUUGGUGCAAAAUUGGCUCAGUGGACCGAGUUAAGUUAGUCCAUACUAGGGCUGCGGCUUAAAUUCGAAUAACAGUGUGAUUCGGAUAUUCGGAUAUAAUAUAUAUGUACGAAUAAACUUCGAUCAACGGAUAGUUUUCGAAUAUCCGGAUACUUCGUGCAGCGAAUAGUACAAAUAGUACUAUUCGAGUUAUUCGAAUAUCCGUAUUAUCCGGAUAUUUCGAUAUACUCAGUAGCGUAUAAACUAGCUUGGGACCUUUCAGUACUCGGAGGCAGAAAUGUGAUCACAA